AGGGCUCUCGGUUCUCUUUUCGUUUGUGACACUUCCAACUGUCCUAUCUGUGUUUGUGUGUAUCUAGUAAUCAAUCACAAACUUCUAUAUCUGUUCAACGGCAUGAACAUCUGUAUGCGAAAUGGUUAUGAGCAAUUCUCACUGACAUCUCCAGGAACAUCGGAUCUCGAAAUUGGUGGAUCAUUUUGGAAAGACGAACCGGAUACCAAGUACUUGUGCCUUGAUUCUCCUGUUGAACAACGUCAGCACCAACCACCGAUGGCAGUUUGUGCCGGCUGUCGAUUGGAAAUAUCAGAUCGGUACUUCCUCAGGGUCAAUCCCAAUCUGGAAUUUCACGCUCAAUGUCUAAAAUGUGUCCAAUGCUCUCGCCCACUCGACGAAAACCAGACAGCAUUCGUGAAAAAUGGACAAACGUAUUGCCGGGAUGAUUACAGAAGGUUAUUUACAACACGUUGCUCUCGAUGCCAUGGAGAUUUUGACAAAACUGAUCUCGUGAUGAGGGCUGGACCCCAAAAUGUGUUCCAUCUCAACUGCUUUGCGUGUGUUGCCUGUGAAAAACGAUUACAAACUGGAGAAGAGUUUCAGAUCAAAAAUAACAGCUUAUACUGUCGAUCAGACUGCCGGGGACUUGACAAUCCAGAUACAUCAGCUUCAGUUCCAGAUUAUUCAAAAUUGAAUAACAAUAACAACAAUGAUAACAACAAUUCAAGUUCAAAUUUUGAUGAGGAUGAAUGGGAUGAGGAGAGAUCCACAUUGACUUCACUUGACAAUAACACAUCAAGUCCUUUAGGAUCUCCCAAAUCCGAUGGAGUCCGAACCCCACUUUUCGGUCAUCAUAACAGUGGUUCUGGUGGCUCAACGAGUAGUUGUGGAAAAAAGAAAAAGGAUAAGCAAGCGACACGUGUCAGGACUGUGCUCAACGAAAAUCAGCUCAAAAUUCUUCGAGACUGCUAUUCGAUUAAUUCUCGACCUGAUGCAACUCUGAAAGAACGACUUGUUGAGAUGACUGGACUCAGUGCACGAGUGAUACGAGUAUGGUUCCAGAAUAAACGAUGCAAGGACAAGAAGCGACAAAUUCAAAUAACAGAGAAUCGGCUAAACUCUGAACGAGAAGAGGUGCUCAAUAGGGUACGUGUAAAUGGUAUCGGUCCUUUGAUGGUUCAACCAGCUACACCACAUAUUGAUAAUACACUUGGUGGACCAAUUGAUAUUCAACAUUUUGCACAAUGGAAUGGUACACCACCACCACCGCCUCCUCAAUAUGGGAAUCCUAUGAUGUUCAACUCUCCUUCGACAUUUGAUGUUUCGGUUAUUCUUGCCCCAGUUGCUCCAAACGUCACAUCACCAUCUGAAGCACUGGGACCACUUGGAGCAUCCGUAUUUCCUCAUUUUUCACCUCAACAUGCUCCAUUCACUGCAACAUCACACGAUAUAUCAUCACCGGCGCCGUGUGGAGAAUAGACGAUAGUUUAAAUAGUUUACAUAUUUUAAGUGUGGUUGUAAUUUUUUCUUCUUACGACUGGAAAAAAUGAAAAUAUAAAUUUAACUUUUUUUCAGCUUUUAAAAAUUAUCGCCACAUUUAAAAUAUUCUUAAGUUCAGAAAAUUAUUUUGUUUGUAUCAUAACGGUUCUUUAUAUUUCCUCCCUCCCUCUCUCUCCAACUAGAAUUUUGACGUAGAAUUGUUAAUUUCUUGAAUUUUCGUGUUACAACUUGGUAAUUUUUUCUAAAGGCCGUCCUUGUUUUCAGAAAUAAUCCACCAACUUGUAAUGUUAAAUUUAGCGGUUAAGCCGCAAAUGUCUCCUCCUCAAAUGAAUACUUGUCAAUUAUUAACUUAUGCAUUUCCCAUUGAAUAACCUGCUCACUUAUUGUCUUUAUUUUAAUAUUUUUUUAAAUAUAAAAUAUUAUUGAUUCGUG